GUCUCCCAUUAAAUUCUAGGUCAAGUUCUUUUCGUUGAUAACACAAAUAUGGCUGAGUUAGGUAGUGUAGCCGGUAAAGUUGUCCUUAUAACAGGUGCCAGUUCGGGUAUAGGUGAAGGUACAGCGUUAUAUUUAGCUAGAGCAAAAUGUCGCCUGUCCCUCACUGGUAGAAAAUUGGAAAGAUUGCAAGAGGUCAGCAAAAAAUGUCAGGAACUCGGAUUACCUGAAAAAGACAUAUUUAUCAUAGUAGGCGAUAUGGAGAAAGAUGGCGAUAUAAAGAAUAUAUUAGAUAAAACAGUUGAAUAUUUUGGGAAGUUGGAUUCCUUGGUUAAUAAUGCUGGAGGUGGAACCUAUGUUAAAACAAUGGACACAUCAUUAGCUGUAUUCGAUAAUACAAUGGCAGUUAACGUACGAGCUCCAUUUUACCUGACCCAACUCGCAGUUCCUUAUUUAAUUAAAACUCAAGGCAGUAUUAUAAAUAUAUCAAGCAUAUCAGGCCAGAGAGCGUUUCAGGGAGCCACGGCCUAUUGUAUGAGCAAAGCAGCACUCGACCAUUUUUCUAGAAUUUUAGCCAUGGAACUAGCUAAAGAUAAAGUACGAGUUAAUAUAGUCAGUCCAGGCGUUAUUAUAACAGAUUUCCAGAAGAGAGCUGGUAUGAGUGAUGAGAGAUACGUAACGUAUUUGCAGGAACAAGAUCGCCUACAACCAUUAGGUGGCCCUGGAACACCGGAACAAGUAGCCAAGAUUAUCAAGUUCCUGAUAUCAGAUGAGUCAGGUUUCGUUACUGGAGAAAAUAUCCAUGCUGAUGGUGGAAGACAUGUUUUAGCUCCCCAAUAAACAACCUUGGUUGAAAACCUUACUGAUAUUUCCAAUAAAAACAUAUGAUUAGUACGAUAUAUAAACUUGAUUUCUAUAAUAACAUUAUGAUUAUAAUGUUCACAAUAGCUAUUGCUAAUGGCGGAAGAAAUGCUUUAGCCCCCCCCCCC